CACAGGAGGCAUCAUUUUGGUGGCAAGACACACAACUUAGCGCAGGAAGGACGGCCGAACUACUCGCGGUUACCUCUAUACAGUACAGAAAAUAAGCUGACCAAGAAAAAGUUUUUCCUUCCUCUUGGCGUGUGUCGCGGAAAAUAGGAAAAAAAUCGCGUUCGACCGUGUCAUCUUCCGAGGUGUCGUGUAUUGGAGUAGAUCGGAAAAUUUUGUGGAAAGUUUUCGUACAAUCCGUCGCUCGGGAGCGAAGAAGCGUUUAAUUUUUUGCAAAAAUCAUCCCCGUCUGUCGCCGUGCGUGUAUGUGGUGAGAGAGUUUGCGUUUUUUGGGGCCGCCGCAACCGAGAAAAGGCGAGCGAAGAUUGCCUUGCCAGCCAACCAGCACCAGCAGUAGUAGAAGAAGAAGAAAAUGUGAUUUCUUUCGAGCGCGAGCAUUUUUUCGUCUUCGUCGUCAAGAUAUUUUUUUUUUAUUUAUCAGCAAAUUUGGUUUCAUUUUGGUGAUUUUCGCGUGUAGUUGAUGUACUCGUAAUCGUAGUGUGGAGUGCUUGCAGUUCAUCUGUAUUCCGAUAAAGUCUUGAGCAGAAGGUAGUGCUUGCAAGCCUAGGAAAAAUAAUCCUUCGUCGUCGGAACUCAACCCGCUGGAAGAGGGAACCGUGGCUGGGCGAAAGGAUAACGCCGGGAGCAGUGCUGGUGGACGAUGCCAAUGUUGUCUCAAUUUCAAAUGAACUUUCGUGCGUUCCUAGUGUUAGCAUCGAAAAUAUGGACCUGCAUCUGUUACAUGUUCAACCGACAGGUUAGAGCGUUUGUACAGCAUCAACCGGUGAAAUAUGAACUAUUCCCGCUGUCGCCGGUGUCCCGGCACCGGCUCGGCAUGGUCCAGCGCAAGACCCUGGUGUUGGACCUGGACGAGACGCUGAUCCACUCGCACCAUGACGCGAUGCCACGGAACACGGUGAAACCCGGCACGCCGCACGACUUCACCGUCAAGGUCACCAUCGACCGGCAUCCGGUGCGGUUUUUCGUGCACAAGCGGCCCCAUGUGGACUACUUUUUGGAUAUUGUAUCGCAAUGGUACGAUCUAGUCGUUUUCACCGCCAGUAUGGAAAUCUACGGCGCUGCGGUCGCCGAUAAGCUUGACAAUGGUCGCAACAUUCUGAAGCGUCGCUACUACCGACAGCACUGUACGCCGGACUUUGGCUCGUACACCAAGGACCUGUCGGCAAUCUGCGGCGAUCUGAACAGAAUAUUCAUCAUCGACAACUCACCCGGUGCGUAUCGGUGUUUCCCGAACAAUGCAAUACCAAUCAAAUCCUGGUUCUCGGACCCGAUGGACAUCUGCCUGCUGUCACUGUUACCUCUACUAGAUGCGCUAAGGUUUACCAACGACGUACGGUCAGUGCUGUCGCGGAAUCUACACCUACACCGUUUGUGGUAGCAG